GUUGCCCAGGGAGGUGGUUGAGGCCCCUUCCCUGGAGGUGUUUAAGGCCAGGCUGGAUGGGGCUCUGGGCAGCCUGAUCUAGGGUAGGGUGUCCCUGCCCGUGGCAGGGGGGUUGGAACUGGAUGAUCCUUGUGCUGUCUUCCAACCCUGAUUUCUGUGAUUCUAGGGGAGAAAUCCAGCCGCGAGAAGAGAUCACAGACUAACAAAGGCUUUUAUUUUUCUAAUUUGAUGUUUGAAAUGGCUGCCAAGGAAGAUUGCAGCAAAGGAUACAAACACUUGGGGAAAAACAUGCUGUUCAUGCAUGUAUUGUUGUGCUCAACCUGGUAUGAAGGAAGAUGGUGGGACCAACUCCAUGUUCUUGUAGUUCCUAAACAGCAAACUAAUAAAAGUAGUCCUUGAGCUUAGCUUUCACAAAGAAUACCUGCAUUAGGAGUGUUCUCGAUUAGGAGUAUUGGAGAACUAGGUUUGUAGGGAGAAGCUCAUGUUUCAGAAGAGUUUCUGGUUCUUCAUAAAAGAUGGAUCAAAGUCCUUCAAGAUUUGGAAGUCCUGCCUAUGCAGACAGACAGAAAACACUUCAUAUUACAUGGAAGGGGAAAAAAAAUCCACCCAGCCUGUGGUGCUUCAGUAUCCUUCAGCCCUCAAGCUCAGUUGUACUAUGACUGUGUACUUGAACCAGAUACUCGUGUGUGUCAUUCCUCUCGCUGUCCACAUUUCCAUCUGCAGUAACCAAGGGAUGGAGCAGAAAGCAUACAUCAUAUCCAGAAAUUUGGGUAAUUGAGAUAGCAUAACUGGGAUUGACCACCUAUGGUUGAGCCAAAGACACUUAAAUGUGUUCCACCUUUCAGUGUUACUAACCAUGUUUUUAUUUCUGUGUCUUUGGGUUCUGACAUUAAUGUUUUGCUUCUUAAUAGAUUGGAUUGAUGUUGCCAAUGAGCUUUUAAGGAGCUGUCACAUAAACCACCACAUAAAGAAUCUCUCAGAAUGUGGUGUCGAUGUGUUUGUUCAUCUUUACGAGUCAAUACUAGGAGAAAAAGUACCAGAUUUCAUAGCUACUCCUAAAAGCCAAGAGGAUGAUGCACAUAAUGUACAAGCAGUAAUAGAUUCCCUGGCAUUGGACUAUUUGCAGGUCAGCCUGUCUCACAUCACCGGUGAGAACAUCGUGAAAGGAGAAAGGGAAUCUAUCAGAAACCUCCUUGAAAUCUUUGAUGGCUUGUUAGAGUAUCUUACAGAAGAAGCCAGUGAAUCCUCUCAAAAUGGAGAUGAGAGACAUGUGCUGCCCAAUAAUGGAAUUGCAGUUGCACCUCAAGAGCAGCUGGAAUGCAAUGCUGGUCACUUUACCCAACCACUAACAUCCUCAUCAGCUGCAGGGUCCCAGUCAGAAUUUUUUGUUCCGUCUUGUGACUUAGAUGGAUCAGAAUCUACAAGUGAGUUAAUCAGGCUUGGAGAUACUGCUCAUUCAUUUUCCAAGAGAGAGGAAGAACUCCAGUUGCCUGAAUUGUUAUCAGCAGAGAAGACAAAUGGAGUGGAAGGCUGUAAAACCUCUGAGGCUGCUGCAGCACUGCCUGCAGAGUUCUCUGAAAUGGAAAGGGGCAUUGCAAAGGGAAAGGAAGAUGGCUCAGUGGAGUCUCUCCAUCCUGCUGAACCUCAAAAAGAGAGCCUGAGUGCCAGUGCUGCAAAGCUUGGGGAGCCUAUACAGCAAGCUAUCCCCUUGCUACCACCAUUUCAACCUCUGGAAGCCAGACCUCAUUAUUCUGGGUGGAGGGAUUAUGAGAGCUCAGGCAGACAGGCAUCAGCUUUCACUAACAGCCAAGAAGUGAAAAUUUCUACUUUUGGAAAGUCACUUCCAGAAAAGCCUGAAGAUGUUUCUGGUAGUUUUUCCCUGUCAAGGAAAAUCCCUGUGGGAGACCAGCUGCUACCAAACGAUGCUGAGGGCAGCGUGGCAAAGGUUCCCUGGGUUUAUGGGACUUCAUCUGCUUCCUCUUCACAUCAGAAACUCUCACAUUGUGCUAACCAAGUAACACAGGCUCCAAGACCUGAAUCUCGAUAUCUGCCUAGAAAGAAAAGCAGAUACAAAAACUCUGCCACAGACUCCCUUGAGGAGUCUUCAUCCCCCAGAACAACAAAGGAAAUGCUGUCUGAGCAAGAGCUUCAGGAAGUGUCAGAAAAGCUCUCUCGCCGCUUACAUGAGCUGGAUGUGAUGCUAGAGAGAGCUUUGGGAGGGCACAGUAGAGCAGAGCUGCCAGAUGAAGACAGCCUGUCCCAGCACAGUGACAGUGUCAUGGACUAUCGCCGAAGGAAAGCUGAGCGAGACACGCCACGUCUAAGGUACCAAAGCAGGCCACGAUCCCUUUCUCCAUCCUCACCUUCAUCUCAGCAUCAGCUCUUCUCUGAGCUGGAAGAGAAACUUUGCAGCAAUGGAACAGGCCAAGUAAGGAAAAUACACAGCCAGCUGCAAAGAGAAAGGGAUGAAAGAACACAACAAGCAAAGAUGGUUGCAAAAGCUUAUGAAGGUGAACUCAGAAAUUAUGAAGCUACAGAGAGGCUUAGACUCUCCAAGCUCAGAGAAGCCAUCAAGGAAGUGGAACAAGAAUACAAAGAAAACAUCUUUCAAGAGCCUCCAAAAAUGCCUCAGCCAGUGAAAGUUUAUUCUAGAAAAACCACACCUCGGAAUCCCAAACACAGCCAGUGGAUUCCAAAACGAGGGACUGUGAAGCCAAAGAAAGCAGCUCCAAUGAAAGUAAGAGAUGAUGAUCUCCUAUUCCAGCUACUGGAAGAGUUUCCCCACCUGCAUAUUUCCCACCACACCAUGAACAAAAUGUGGCAGCAGCAGCUUGCACAGACUGAACAACUUAAAGCAGCUUCUGGCAGAAGCAGACCAAAACUCCAAAAUGAAGUUCAACAAGCCCUGAAAAAGCAAGAGCUGCUUGUUGGCAUUAUUAAAAAAGACCAGGAGCAUAACAGGAGACUGCAAGAGCUGAAGCAGCGCAUCAGGCGGCAGAAGUGGGCUCAGAAGAAGCUGAGGGAGAAGCGCCAGCAGGCCGCCCGAGCCAGGCAGUAUUACCAGGAUUACCGCCUGCAGCUGCGCGCCAAGAUGCUGCGGGCGCGGACACGCGAGGAGAGGAUAUUUAAGAACUUAUUUGAAGAAGGCUUAGAAAUUCAGAAGCAAAGACUGAAGGACCUGAGAGCAUAUGCUCAAGAGAAGCGCGCUGAGCAAAGGAGAGAGCAUCAAAACGAGCUGGAGUCUAUGGAGAACUAUUACAAAGAUCAGUUCUCCAUGCUAGCAGAAGCUUUAUCCCAAGAACACCAAGAAAUGCAGAGCAGAGAGAAGGCCCAGGCACAGAUGCUACAGAAAACAAAGAGAGACCUGAGGUCAAGGAUGGAAAAGGAAAUAGAGCAACUGCAAGCAGCAAUCAUGCAGAGUGAUGAGGACACCUUUUUCCAGGAGCUAGAAGCAGACAGGCUCAAGUCCAGGCUCCAGAUGGCUUCCUUUCAGUACAGCAAGAGCUGGUUGGUGUGAGCUGUAUGGCAAACGGUGCUGCAGUUCUCUGGCUAAGGUGAUGAGAAUCUGUGAGAGCUGCCCUGUGGCUGCUUUGCUGUAAAGUAUCUCCUCUGUCAUUUGCCAUCAGAGGUGCAACUCCCUAUAGCACUUUUAUGAUCACCAAUAAAGUUUCUGAACUACUGUCUA